UACAGUGCUGUAUGUAUUCUGCAGAUGGCUCUGUGACUUCAUGCACAACUUGUGGAGGACAAUGCCUUGACCAGAGUGGAUGCUUUUGUGCUGAUGGCACACAGUGUGUUCCUGCAAGUAAUGGAGAAUGCAUAGUGCAGACUAAUGACUGCUGCAACGUUCAACCUGGCUUCUAUUGGGAUUCAUCAGCGGGUUGUUGCACAGAUGUGAAGAUGUGCAAUCCAUCAUGUAAAAGUGAUGAAUACUGUGAAACAACUGAAACACCAUACUGUGCUUGUAAUACAGCCGUAUACAGUGGGCUAACACCUUCAGACUUGAAACCUACAGUGGACUGUGGUAGUGGUACAAUGAUAACUGCUAUCAGUAAAUGCAAACUGCAAAAACUUGGGUAUGAUUACAGUACUUUACAUCUGGCUAAUAGCAGUGGUAUCUGCAACUACACAUAUCCUGAUGUUAUCAACAAUACUGACGUGUGGAAACUUCAAGUACAAGCAAACGUAGGAUGGUGCGGGAAUAUAAUUGAGGAGGACUCAUCAAAGAUCUAUUUUACCAACACUAUUUUCAUUAAUCCAUAUUCUGGACCUCUCAUUACCAAGAAUCCAAUCAGCUACAACAUGACCUGUGCAUACAACCUGAGCAUGCAGACCAGUCUAGAGUUCGCUCUACAUCCUAUAGUCGGUACAGUCACUAUACAACCAACGGAUGGCACCGGCUCUUUUACUGUCACCAUGGCUGCAUACAGUGAUCUGGAGUGCACUAUUCCAAUAGAAGAGAAUGAAGAUGUGGUGGUUGGAACAGUUAUCUAUAUCGGGGUGUUUUCUCCAGAUGCAGAUGGUAGUGCAUUUGCUUUAAAGGCAGAGACAUGCUAUGCCACUUCUACCAAUAAUCGGGAUGACCUAAAUAGGGUGCCUCUUGUAACAGGAGGCUCUGCAGAUAAUAGUCAAGUUCAAGUCUCAGUGGUGCAAAAUGGAAUAAGUCUGGAGGACAUCAUUCAAAUCAGUACAUUCCAAUUUUCAGGAUACCCUCAAGUGUUUAUAUUCUGUGAUGUGGUUCUCUGUAGCAAAGCUAGUGGAUGUAAUGGGACACAAAGUGCCCGGUCAGCAGUUAACAUACCUAAUGGACCAGAAAUUAGCAUCAAUCUUAGAGAUACUUUCUCUUUCAGCAGCUCAGGACACCAUAUAGCUGCAUCAUGGGCUUUGCUGGCUGCUUUUCUGCUCACAUUGUUGACCAUUAACCCCUUCUAACAAGACAAAUGCAAUCCGGUGUGCUGAGGAGGUUGUAGAUGGAGUACAUCAUGGGUAUCACUUUUAUGUAAGGCUUAAUUGUUAAGGGAUUGAAUUAACUUAUUUUUCUUCCUCACUUGCUAGAAGUGUCUGUAUGAUAGCACUGUGAGGAAAUUGUGAACAUAGCAGGUUGCCUUCUGGUGAUAUGUUAUAUACCCAGAGCUUCCCUGUCAGCCAUUUCACUUUCUUCUGCUUCCUGUAUUACACAAAUCAGAUAAACUAAGAUCUGUAUGUAUUUAUC